GCGCCCCAGGACCCGCCGCCGGCUGCCGGCCUCCCGAAGCCCCCUCAGGAUCCCCUCGGCCAGGAUGGAACUGAAGGCCGAGGAGGAGGAGGUGGGUGGCGUCCAGCCGGUGAGCAUCCAGGCCUUUGCCAGCAGCUCCACACUGCACGGCCUGGCCCACAUCUUCUCCUAUGAGCGGCUGUCACUGAAGCGAGCGCUGUGGGCCCUGUGCUUCCUGGGCUCACUGGCUGUGCUGCUAUGCGUGUGCACCGAGCGUGUGCAGUACUACUUCCACUACCACCACGUCACCAAGCUCGACGAGGUGGCCGCCUCCCAGCUUACCUUCCCUGCCGUCACGCUGUGCAACCUCAACGAGUUCCGUUUUAGCCAAGUCUCCAAGAACGACUUGUACCACGCCGGAGAACUGCUGGCCCUGCUCAACAACAGGUAUGAGAUACCAGACACACAGAUGGCAGACGAAAAGCAGCUGGAGAUAUUGCAGGACAAGGCCAACUUCCGCAGCUUCAAGCCCAAGCCCUUCAACAUGCGCGAGUUCUACGAUCGUGCGGGGCACGACAUUCGCGACAUGCUGCUCUCCUGCCAUUUCCGGGGGGAGGUUUGCAGCGCUGAAGACUUCAAGGUGGUCUUCACGCGGUAUGGGAAGUGCUACACAUUCAACUCAGGCCGAGAUGGGCGGCCACGGCUGAAGACCAUGAAGGGUGGGACAGGCAAUGGGCUGGAGAUCAUGCUGGACAUCCAGCAGGACGAGUACCUGCCCGUGUGGGGGGAGACUGAUGAGACGUCCUUUGAGGCGGGCAUCAAAGUACAGAUCCACAGUCAGGAUGAACCUCCUUUCAUCGACCAGCUGGGUUUUGGUGUGGCUCCAGGGUUCCAGACCUUCGUGGCCUGCCAGGAGCAGCGGCUCAUCUACCUGCCCCCACCCUGGGGUACCUGCAAAGCUGUUACCAUGGACUCGGAUUUCUUCGACUCCUACAGCAUCACCGCCUGCCGCAUUGACUGUGAGACGCGCUACCUGGUAGAGAAUUGCAACUGCCGCAUGGUACACAUGCCAGGGGAUGCCCCAUACUGCACUCCAGAGCAGUACAAAGAGUGUGCAGAUCCUGCUCUGGACUUCCUGGUGGAAAAGGACCAAGAGUACUGCGUGUGCGAAAUGCCCUGCAACCUGACCCGCUAUGGCAAGGAGCUGUCCAUGGUCAAGAUCCCCAGCAAAGCUUCAGCCAAGUACCUGGCCAAAAAAUUCAACAAGUCUGAGCAGUACAUAGGGGAGAACAUCCUGGUGCUGGACAUUUUCUUCGAAGUCCUCAACUAUGAGACCAUUGAGCAGAAGAAGGCCUAUGAGAUUGCAGGGCUCCUGGGUGACAUUGGGGGCCAGAUGGGGCUGUUCAUCGGCGCCAGCAUCCUCACGGUGCUGGAGCUCUUUGACUACGCCUACGAGGUCAUUAAGCACAAGCUGUGCCGGCGAGGGAAAUGCCAGAAGGAUGCCAAAAGGAGCAGUGCGGACAAGGGGGUGGCCCUCAGUCUGGACGACGUCAAAAGACACAACCCGUGCGAGAGCCUCCGUGGCCAUCCUGCCGGGAUGACUUACGCUGCCAACAUCCUACCUCACCAUCCGGCCCGAGGCACGUUCGAGGACUUUACCUGCUGAGCCCUGCAGGCCACUGUACCAAAGGCCUAGAUGGGGAAGGCUAGGAGAGCAAGGGGGCCCCCGUUGCCCCCAUCUGUCCUGGGGACUCACCUCCCACUCCAAGGGCAGCCCCCCAUUCCUAGGCAGUCCUUUCCUCCAUUCUGGUGGUGAGGAAGCAGUCUUGACCUUAGGGUCUUCUCCCCGCCUCUAUCCCAUUCUUUUUAUUUUUAACAAAACUAAUCUAAAAGAGAUACUAAAAAGAGAGAAAGGGGCAAGGGACCUCAGGCUGCCCCUCUGCCCCAUGCUGCCUCCCCCAGCUCCCAGCCUGAAUUCUGUCUGUCUGGCUGUCUGUCAUCUGAGUGUCCACCUACAUUUGCU